AUGUCGUCACGUAUGCAGAAGAAUUUGACUCUGCUGGAGUUGAUGUAUAAAUCUUCCCCUAGCGUGAGGAGGGUCAUUGCUGUGAGUGACCAGAGACUGAUCUAUGCUGGUAAACUGCUGCCCGAUCAUCUGCACAUUAAAGAUCUCUUCAGACAGACUGACUCUGUUCCCACACUGCACCUGGUGUGUGCUUUUAGGAAUCCACCGCAAGGGCCCCUGGGAGCUAGACCUAAGACCAAAGAGACGGAACAGCCACGUCCCUCCAGUCUGAGGCCCAUGGCAGCCUCUGCUUUACCCGAUCCCAGCAGCCCCUCCUCCACAGUUCAGACUCCCAUAUCACCGAAGCUGAGGCAGAGGAGGCAGACCUCUUCAUCUUCAACUACUGCUGCUUCAUCUCACACACAAACCCCAGAGUCUCCACCAGGAACUGCAUUUGAAAUGCCUGGAGCACCACAGAUGACCCAACCAGCCUUUCCCACCUACUCUCUGUACAGCCCUCAACAGCUCCUGUGGCUUCAGCAUGUCUAUGCUAGACAGUACUACAUGCAGUACCAUGCAGCGAUGGUGGCAGCUGGCACCGUCCCCUCUGCACCAGCUACGACCAUUGGCCAGUACCCUCCUGUUCCCGCUCAUCAAGUACCUGUUCCAGACCCCUUAGCCAAUCAGAACCCCAUCAACAACCUGCCAGCAAAUCAGAACCCAGCGCAGGAAGGCGCCUUCAUCAACCCUGGGGAGGCUAACCAGAACAUGCGGAUGAACGCGCAGGGUGGGCCUGUAAUGGACGAGGAGGAGGAUAUGGAGCGUGAUUGGCUGGACUGGUUGUACUCUGCUGCAAGAUUCAGCGUUCUGCUCAUCAUUGUGUACUUCAACUCCAGCCUGAGUCGCUUCCUGCUGGUGAUGAGCACCCUCCUCCUCAUGUACCUACACACUGUGGGUUGGUUUCCCUUCAGAGGGCGAGCACAAGUCCAAGGACCCAACCAUCUGCAGCCUCCUGGGGUUCAGCACAACCAGCAGGAGGAGAACAGGAAUCCAAAUCCAGUGGAGGAGGAUGGUGACGGACACCGGGUGGAGCCUGCUGCUGCAGUGGACGGACCACACGGACCAAUGACGGCAGUGUUGGUGCUUCCUCACAGGGUGUCAGUCAUGUGGACAUUCUGGGUUUUCCUCAAAACUUUUCUUUCCUCCCUCAUACCCGAGGCUCCUCAGGCUAUUGCCAACUGACCCCUGGCAGACCAUCGAUAGAGACAGCUGACUCUUUUUUUGUAUUUUUCAGCGGUGAAAAAUAAUCUCUGGAGAUGCCAAUUUAGAAUAAAUAAAAUCAAGGACACUAAGCUAAAACACCAGCAACAAUAAAGCAAUGCCAGCCCCUUGAAUUUACAAGAAACUAAGGAGACAAAGGACUAGGAAACAUUCAUAACAAUAACGCAUUGUUCUAUGGGAUCCCAGCUCUCCAUCUGAGCAAACAUAUGUCUGCUGAUUGUGGGUUGUUACCCCACAUCACGGUGUUCUGCUAUGUGACCAUGCCUUAAAACAACCUGUAUGCUUUCUGUAUCCAUGAAACACCAGCAGGUGGCAGCAUAGGGUGAACUAUACUGCCUACAUGUUUCUUACUGUGAGGUGUGUGUAUAUAUACGGGCUUUUUGAUCCUUCUGGAUCCAAAAUCAGUCCAGAUGUAUAGUCUCUGCAUUAUUAGGAUUAUAUGAUGUUCUGUUGAAGUGAAAAUCGGGCACAGAAAAAAACUCUGUAUUGUAUCUUAUCUUAUAAAUCUGAAUUCAGUUCUUCCAGUGAUGGAUUCGUUUUGCUCUCUAAAAAGCACCCAUGCAUGGAGCCUGGCUUUGAUUACAGCUGUAGUAGGUCAGAUGUUUUAACUAGUUUGACCUGCUUUGCUCCCGACUAUGGAGGCAUAGAAAGCCCCAAAGUACAUGUGCAGAAUUCAUAGCGUUACAAUAUCUGACUACAAUGUGACUGGUCUCAUGGAUUGGUUAUGAUUGUGUUAGGUGUUUUGGAAUUUGAAGGUUAUAUAAAGAUGUGCAAAACAAAAGCUCUCAACUUUUAUUUCUUUUGAUUGUGUCUUAAAAUACUCACAGUAUUAAAAAUACAAGUAGCAUGAAGUCAUUUAGUCUUCUUACAGUCACUAGAAACAUGAACAUGACAUUGUACAGGGUGUUGUUUGCUAUUAUUGUGCUUUAUUUGAUGGUGAUUGUGACCAAAGUAGACAACAAGCUCCUUUACAUCUAGAGGGUUUGAGAUUUGUUCUUCAUUGGAAGAUGUAUAAUAUAAAUAUAAUGCCUAGUGGGCUCACAGUUGUUUAUUUCUUUGUUUGUUUUCAGAGAUGCGGCUACUUUUAAGUCUAAAAUCCUAUUUAUGCAAAACAAGUUAAAAACGCCAAAUUCAUGCUUUAUCAAUCAUAGUAAAUAUUGCUUUAGUGAAACAAAAGCGUGAAUUGUUUAUAGUGUCAGAAGCAAUCUUUAUAAUCUUUACCUCUGCAUAGUGUUCUCAUCACAGGGAUUCCUCCUCUUCUCACUUUGCUCUCAGGUCUGAACUUCAUUCACUAAACAUUCCAAGUUCUUCACUAGUGGAACUACCAAACAUCACUCCUCUGUUCCUGUCCUUUGGUUUACUUCAUAUUGAUUAAGAGACCUUCACUGUUACACAUCAGAUGCAUUCACGACGAUGCUGUUAUAUGUCUUGACUCCUGAUCUGGUGUUGUGUUAUUAAGUCGACUGAUAACAAUCGGUGCAUGUUUUUUGAUCCAUAACAGCAAAUGAAUGGGAUUCUCUCACCAGCACCACUGUAGACGGGGUGUAUUUCACCUUUAACGAGGUGAACAGUACUUGCUGUACUGCAUUAGUCCCUGCUGUGAAGUUACCUUUGAGGAAGGACAAUAGUUUGGGACAUUGGUCACCAUGUAGUUAGGAUGUUCUGUUUGACUUUCUGUGAUAACUGCUUAUGAGUGGAUGUCGCAGGACAAAGUGUGUCUUGAGGGAGACUUUCAAUAACUGAUGCAAUAAAUGUUCUCAACUUAUUGUGUUGAUUUGUUGCAGAUCUGGUCUGUAAGGAAAGUGUUUCUACUGAUUUCAAAAUAAAAAAAUGUAACCACAUUUUGU